CGGAACGAAACCAUCAUAUUUCCGACUAACUUGUGCUUUCCUAAGUUCUUGACAUUCUUUAUAGCUACUCCCUGAAAAUGUCAAGAUUCAGGCUCGAUCUCCAAUACUCUCUAUCAAAAAGACCAUCGUUCAAGCUAGGCAAACGGAGCCUAUCCAAGGAAACUAGACAGAGACCUGCCGACCCGCCGAGGAUUUAUCGUCCUAACACUGAGGAAAUGAGACGGGUGUUUGAUAAGUUCGAUGCCAACAGAGAUGGGAAGAUCUCGAAGGAGGAGUACAAGUUGGCGGUGGGGGUCCUGGGCCGGGGAAUCAGCGAUCAUGAAGUGACCGAGGCGUUCCGGGUGAUGGAUGCCGAUAAGGACGGGUUCGUGGACUUCAAGGAGUUUCUAGAGGUGCACGGCUCGGGGGGCGGGAUAAAGAGCUGUGACAUUGAGGGCGCGUUCCGAGCGUACGACCUGGAUGGGAACGGGAGGAUCAGCGCGGAGGAGCUGUGGGAGGUGAUGAGGAGCUUGGGCGAGAAGUGCAGCUUGGAGGCUUGCAAGAAUAUGGUCCGCGGGGUGGAUGCCAAUGGCGACGGAAGCGUCGACAUGGAUGAGUUCAUGAACAUGAUGACUCGUACCUUGAAGCUGGGCUAAGUAAAUUGAGGAGCGAUCAAGGUUUAUAGUUUUAUUUUUCAAAUGAAACAUGUACGGAUUGUCAACCGGACAUACGAAGGAUCAAAAGUAUGUGAACUUAUAACCAUAUCGUGGUUAAUUUGGUUA